AUAGAAAAUAAAACAAGAUAUAGCAACUUACAGAAGAUGAAAUUUAAAGCAACUUAAAGCAAUUGGAUAUAAUGUGUAUAAACAACGGUAUGAACUAAUAAGUAACAAUGACAAAGCAAUCAGUCAGAGCCAAUAGCACAAUCUCCUCCCAGCUCCUCCCAGCCCAUCUAGUCAUAGAAACGGUUAAACGUGUUUCUUUUUUUUUCUACCUUCAGUUUCGUUUCUUCUGUUCUCUAGAGGUGGGGUCGUUUACAGGAAAAGCGAAAGCGCAAAGCAUAGAAACUUAACUCGCAGGGAACGAACGUAGGCACUGCGCUUUACAUCUCACGUUUGGUGUCGGACAUUUGCUGGAUCAAUUACUCCAAAUCCUUAGAGAGCCUUCUUGAAAUGCUGUUUAUACAAAGACAGUGUGUGUUCAUUCUUCAACAAUUUUAGGGCUACCGGUUUGGAAGCCAUGGCAUUUUCCGGUAGGAACCCAUCUGAAAUUAUAUGGAGGGCCAGAAGGAAAUUAGCAGAAGAUCUUCUUUUAAUAGACUCAGAGCUGAUCUUGGAUGUGGCAGAUUCCCACCUGCUCCUCACACAGGGGGAGUUUUUCUCCCUGAGUGAAAUAAAGGAUCCACAAGCAUUUGUGGAAUGCCUGAUCGAGUUAGUGCUGGGGAAAAGAGAAUCAACUCAGGAACUGUUCUUGGACUGCCUGGAAAACCUGAGGCAAGCCUUCCCAAGCCUUCAGCCUAUUUCUGAAUAUGUAGAAGAUGAUCACUUGAAUCUCAGGAAUGACCUUCAGGUCUCAGACUCUGUUGAAUUCUCAGGGGAAAGAAGUGGAUCCAAGAGCAUGGAUCUGGCUAGAUCUGAAAACCAGGAUGCUUCCCAGUCCCAAGAGGGCGUAGGAGAGGUUGAGACUAUAGGUUUUCCUGUAUCCUCAGAGGCAGGAAGUGGAUCUCAGAGCCCAGAUGAUGCUGUUAUGCUUCCAGGAAAUGCAAGCAGCACUGAGGACCCAGAUGCCAGUCUCCUGCUCUCCAGCAAAGAAAGAGAAGUCAAGACUCCAGAUGCCCCGGAUGUAGCUGAGAACCCCAGUGCUGCUGCCAUGUCCACAGAGAAUCGAGAUAGAGAUGAGGAUCUAGAGAGCUCUUCAUCUCCAUGGAUAGGAAGUGGGGCUGAGAGCCCAAGUGCCACUCUGUCUUCCAGCAAAGGAAGUGGAGCCAGCGAUGGGAACUGUGGCAAAUCUGAAGGGACAGGAAGUGGAGUAGAAAUUCCUGGCAUCUCUGCAUCAAAGAGAGAAGAAGAGGGAGCCCAACAACUGGAUUGCUCCAAGAGAAAAAGGACAAGCAGUUCUCCCACGAGAAGGGAGAGUUCUGAGAACUCAAAAGGAGCCUUCUUCCAAACCUCAGAGGAUCUAGCCAGUAUGCAGCUUAUGAAAUCAACAUCUGAAUUAACCCCAGCUGAAAAGAAAUCCUAUUCCCAGAAGACAAAAGGGAGUCUGAUGGAGGAUGUUCCUAAUGAAACAACCAUCAAAGGACCAAUGGAUUCCGUGAUGGUCUCUGGUGAUGAGAUAAUCUGCAAGGCGAGAAAACAAUUAAUUGAAAUCCUCCAGAAGGACCUAGAACUUGUUCUAGAUGAGUUAUUCUCCAAGUCCAUUAUCACGGAGGAAGAAUAUGAGGCCUUAGACAAAGCCGAGGAGGAUUCCAAGAAGAAAAUUCGGAAACUGCUGAUAAUGAUACAGAAAAUGGGAGAAAUAGCCUGUGGCAAGUUCCUGGAAUGUUUAGAAAAUGCAUGUCCAGGUUCAAAUCAGGUUCUGCAAAAUUCAGUACAUGAGCGUUUGCCUCCAGAGGAGAAAACUGAAAGCCCAGGAGUAUUGGGAGAGACAGAAGAAGCAGUUCCCAAAGUCCCUGCAGGACAAGAGAAAGAAGAUGAGCUUGAGUCAGAAGCAGAGCAAAAAAAGAAACAUACUAGCAAAGAAGGAAGAAAAGCGCUUAAGAACAUCAUUGCUAAGUUGAAGUUUCGGAAGUAUUCAAGCAAGAAACUCGCCCUGAAAGAAAUUCUGGAAAUCAGUUCUGGAAAUCUAAAAGACUGCAGUCCGUGUACAUUGGGAGACUUGCCUUGGCAUUUUCUGAAGAAGGUCUUGGCUUUGAAUGUGACAGCCAGGAGCACAAGCCUUCAACAUGAAACACUGGACAAUAAAGGAAUGCCGUUAAAGGAGAAGGAAAAAAGGAUUGAUGAGAGAAUCUUCUUUGAUACCAAAACAGAUGAGAUAGAUUCUGUGAACCCCCUUGAUGUCCUUUGUACUGUUCUGCUUUGUUCUGACAGUUUUCUCCAACAGGAGAUCCUUCUCAAAAUGUCCAUGUGCCAGUUUGCCCUGCCUUUGAUUCUGCCUCCCCUCAUGACCUCCAAGUGCACCCUGAUGCUCUGGGCCAUGAGGGACAUUGUGAAAAAAUGGAGGCCCCAUUCCUUGGCUGAAAGCAGAGGCUUUAAGGAAGACAGCCUGGUACUGACAUCCAUGCCGACUGUUUCCUUCGUACGGAUGGGAAACUGUAACAUAUCCAAGUCCAAAGUCCUCAACGAGUUCCUCAGCCCUUCUCAGCAGCAUAAUAAUUUCUUUCUACACCGAGAUAUGGAAUGUGGGAACAUCCCUCGGGAAAUUGCUGAUGGGCUUGUAGAGAUUGCCUGGUAUUUCCCAGGAGGACGGACAAACACAGAUCUCUUCCCAGAGCCAGUUGCUGUUGCAAAUCUCCGUGGAGAUGUUGAGUCUCACUGGGUGCAGUUCAGCUUUUUAACGCAGGUCUCCUCAGCUGUGUUCAUAUUUGCUGAAUGCAUUGGCAAGAGAGAAUAUACUCUCUUGUCAUCACUGAAGGACUUGUCAACUCAGUUCUACUUUAUCUUGGAAGGUCGCAGUAGAAAAUCUGAUUCUACCUUGGAGUUCUUAAAUAAACUGGCACCAGUGAUUAAACUUGACAAUUCACAUAUAUUGGUAAAGAAUGCCACAAUGAAUAAAGCAGUAUUUGUAGAACUCCUUCGAGCUGCAGUUGGAAAAAUAAUAGCCUCAAAUCCUAAGUGUAUAAGUAUUGAUAAGAUGUGUACAACAGCCCAUGAACUUACAAUCCAGGUGGAUGAAGACCACAAAGAAUGUCAGGAUGCCCUCAGAUGUGCCACAGAAAUUUCAGGAGAGAUAAAAGAUGUAGCAGUUUACAAGAAAGAAACACUGAUACUCCAAGGUGAUCUCUGGAAAAAUCUGGCCAAAGUGGAGAAAGAACUAUGCAGAAUGGAAAGACAAGGGGACAUGCCUUCGGAAAAAUACAGAUCAGAAUUGAGAGGCAGAUUGUUGGAACUGCGUAGGCAGCAGAGUCAAUGUGAUCUCACCAUUGGUUUGAUUAAUUUCAUCCAUGGCAUAAAGCAUUUGAAGGAUGCAGAGAGGAAUUAUUUCUUGAAAUGGAUGAAGUUCAACCUGGACCAUAUUGCUAGGGGAAAUCUUUCCAAGUUACGUGCUGACUAUAAAGAGAAAUGCAAGAAGUUAGGAGAUGAUGGGCGGAAGAUUGCAGAGGUAGACCAGUUGAUAUCAUCCUCUUGCUUGGGAGUUGAGCAUUUCAUGCGUGAGCUGGGGCAGUUCUAUGAGGCAGAAUGCUCAAUGGUUAAUGAGGGCAAAAUAGCUAAAAACAAUAGACAGUUUGCCCAUUUCCCAAGCAUUGCAGCUGAACUACUGCUGGAAGGGUUUCCCCUGGAGCUCAUUGAUGGUGAUGCAUCCAAUAUCCCCCUGCAGUGGAUAACUGACGUUCUGAAUAAACUCAAUAACAAACUUAGGGGACAAUCCAAGAUGAUGGUGAUAACUGUUCUGGGGGUGCAGAGCACUGGGAAAUCGACCCUUCUGAACACCAUGUUUGGCCUGCAGUUUGCUGUCAGCAGUGGGCGGUGCACACGAGGUGCCUUCAUGACGCUUCUUAACGUCUCAGAGAAUUUGGUUCAGGAUCUUGGCUGUGACUUCAUCCUGGUGAUAGACACAGAGGGCUUGAAAGCCCCUGAACUAGCCAAACUGGAAGACAGCUAUCAGCAUGACAACGAAUUAGCCACUCUAGUGAUUGGGCUGAGCGACAUCACCAUUGUCAACAUGGCCAUGGAGAAUGCCACCGAAAUGAAGGACAUCCUGCAAAUUGUGACCCAUGCCUUUCUCAGGAUGGAGAGGAUUGGGCAAAAACCCAACUGCCAGUUUGUUCAUCAGAACGUCAGUGACGUUUCUGCACAUGACCAAAACAUGAGGGACAGGAAGCAUUUUUUGGAACAGCUGAAUGAAAUGACCCAGGCUGCAGCAAAAAUGGAAAAACACAAUAGGGAUAUCAAGUUUUCAGACAUCAUGGACUACGACCCAGAAAUGCAUAAUUGGUACAUCCCAGGUCUUUGGCAUGGAGUCCCACCCAUGGCCCCCAUUAACAUGGGAUACAGUGAAAAAGUCCUUGAAUUAAAGAAGUACAUAUUUGAAUUCAUAAAGAACCGCUCAUGUAAAACACCCCCCAAGGACAUCCCUCAGUUUAUUGAAUGGGUGAAGAGUCUGUGGAAUGCUGUGAAACAUGAGAACUUCAUCUUCAGCUUCCGAAACAGCCUCAUAGCGGAAGCUUAUAACCAGCUCUCCAUGAAAUAUUGUGAAUGGGACUGGCAUUUUCGCAGAGAGAUGCACCUCUGGGUGUCUGAACAGGAAACGUCAAUACAGAAUGUUUCUCCUGAUGAAUUUGAUAUACGCAGUUUGCAAAAUGAGCUUUAUCAGAAGCUGUUGGCUGGAGAACAGCAGAUUUUGGAGAAUUUGAAGCAAUACUUUGAAAGCAGAGCAGCAAAUCUGCAUUUGGUAGAAAGGUACAGAGAAGAUUUUGUCCGCAAUGCUCACAGCCUCAAGCAGGAACUUGAAAGUUAUUCUUACAACAAAUGUCAGGAAGUUGUUCGCAUUCAAAAAGGGCUUCACAAGAUUCACUCUCUACAGACUGAAUACUUGAAAAUAAUUGAAGGAAAGGUUGAUGGGCUACUUAAAAAAUGCCGGGAAAAUGAAGAUAGGAUAGAAGAUCAAGAACUGGAAAAAGAGUUUGAAAGAAUGUGGAUGGAAACAUUGUCAGAAAUAUCACCUGUUCCCUUAGAGAAACGACAAAUAUAUGAAAAGGUUGACUUAUAUUUGAGAAGGGAAUUGGCACAUCGAGGAUGUCCAGUCAAUGUAAAAUUACAGGGAGCAAAAUCUUUGUUAAGCUACAGAAUGAAUACUUUUCAAAUGAAAUCUGAAUAUAUGGAUUCAACAUGGUGGCGCCGUGUGAAACACUUGAUUGUUAAAAAUGACGGUUUGCAUGAGAUAGAAGAACUUGCUAACUCCUUGAUGGCUAAAUGCAGUUCCUACAUUUGUAAGAAGGCUGAUUCCAAAGGAGACUAUGAUGAUACAUAUUGUGGUGAACUUUUACAGUUUAUCAAUGAAAAGCUACAGCAGCCUGAUGCUCAGAAACUUCAUAUAACAACAUGGUUUGAAGUGGAUCUAAAGCUUCACAUUUUGGGGGAAGCAGCUCAUGAAUUUCAAAAGAUGCAUGACGAGUUUAUUAAGGAAAAUGAUCCCUAUAUACGCUUAGAGAAACUGAAGCCUCAUUAUUUCUCAAUUUUCAGAGAUCUUUAUCUGGAAAAAGAUGCCCAGCAAAUCAGAGCCAAGGAUUUCUGUGACCAGUGUCUCCAUCCUGCCCUUGUGAGUUAUAUCAACAAAAGACUUGGGAUAGAAAUAGUAGAUGAUAUUCUCAACAGUGCACAGUCCAUUGGGUAUGCCAGUCGGAGCUUCUUCCAGUUCACUGUCCUGAAGGAACUGUUGGAAGAGGGUAAUGUCGACAGUUACGUAAAAUACAUUAGGGCUUAUGAAAAGUUUGUCAAAAACUGGAUCCAGAAACAUAUUUUGGAUUACUAUGCAAAGAAUGAGUGUCUGAAGAAACUGGAGGAAGAGAUUCUCUCUGCGAUUGUAAAGAAAAUUAUAGAAACACUGGAAAAAUUAAAGCAUCAAGAUAUUGAGACAGUCUCAGAAUUUUUGGACAGUUUUUGCAGAGAAAUGCAGAAGGAGUUAGUCAUUUCUAAGGACAGUCUGUUAGGGGUACAGUUUAAGAAUGCAACUGUUCCUGCACAGUUUUCUUCUUGUGUUGAAAACUUCCUUGCUGAUUUGCAGCAGCAAAUAAUAGCUGAAUAUGAUAUCCUGGAUAUCCAGUCUAAACUCUCCAAAUUGCCUGUGAGCCCCCAGGAUGAGAUCUUCAAGCGGGUGUUUGGCUGUGGGAAGCAGUGUCCUUUCUGCAAAGUCCCCUGUGAAGCUGGAGGGAGUGCUCAUCAAGAGCAUUUUGCAACUGUCCAUCGGCCUCAAGGACUGGGAAAGUACAGAGAAGAAGAGUCAGAAAAGCUUGUUUAUGAUAUCUGUUCAACUGCUGUGGCUUCCAACACUGAGUUCGAAAAUCAGGACACAAAUGGGGAAUUCUAUCCAUACAAAGAUUAUCGUGCAUAUUAUCCAGACUGGUGCAUCCAACCAGAUCCCAGUAUCAAUGCUUCAGAUUACUGGAAGUUUGUUUUGAACAAAUAUAACCAUGAUUUUGCAAGAAUAUAUAAAGCUAAACCAGCUGAUCUGCCAGAGGACUGGAAAAACAUUACUGAAGAACAAGCACUGAAGGCCUUAAAGGACAUUUAUAAUAUGAAGUGAGCAUUCUUAUCUUAGCAGAAGAGAAACCUGGAUCUUCUUCCUAUAAAAGCAUUCCACAAAGUAUGCCAAUCUUAAUAACAUAGAAAAGACCCCUUGAAAAUUAAAAUGGAUCUCUUUGAAGGACCCCUGACACUGAUAGAUAGGGCAAAUAGGGUUCUGCAUCCCUAAGUCCCUGGCUGGAUUUCUAUUUAUUUCACUGUGCCUUAAGUUUUGUAUCACAUAUAGUGGAAUGUUUUCAGCCAGUUGUGUAUACCUGUAUCACUGUGUUCAUCUUCCCUGUUCAGAUGCACGUUUAUCCCAAUAUCAGUUUUCUUCUCUUUCCCCAUGCCCUUAAUCCAGAGCAUAUUAUUUACCCUGAGCAGCAAUCUUCUCUCUUCCCCUCCAUUGUAUUAAAAUAAUGCUGCUAACUUGGAAUUUGAAAUUCACCAGGUGAUGGCAGCAGUACAGCUCACCCCCAACUCAGGCUUGCUCAUAGUGGGGGUUCUACAGAUGGUAACCUUGCUUCCCUUCCUGUUUAUUAUUAUUACUCUCUUAGUUAUCAUGAUAAUUUUAAUUCCCUAUCUACUCUCAUGUUUGGAAGAAAACUUUUGUCGUGAAGAAUUUCUUUAGUAAGCUUUAGCCUUUAGGAAUGGUAGAUUCUACCGAUGCUGUUUUUCACUUCAUUUUUGCGAUGACAUUUAUAAAAAUGACAGGAAAAUGAAUGUCUGAAGGUAUAUUGGGUCCAAUUUCAUGUACUUGUCUACAUGAAUGCAAUGUAUUCUGUAAUGCACUGUCUUGCAAUGAAAACAAUAUUAAUAAACAUAUUUUUAAAGAGUU